CACAAAAUGGGAAUAAACACAUCGAAUGCACUGUGGCCAGGAAGAGUCCUCUAAUGGAGCUCCUAGCGCUGCCGCCUCCUACCCUCGCAGGGCAUUUGUUCGUAUCUAAAAUUAGGUAUUUUCAUGGCUUGACGGGGUGUUUGGGUUUCAAAUCGAAGAAAAAUUCGAUGGUCUUACAGAGACUCGCAUCCAGAUACAUGUCUUUAUCUGCAAAAAGAUCAGCAAAGGACCGCAAGCCUUCUGUUGUGAGAUCUGGUGGAAUUGACGAAGAAUUAGAUGUUGCUUCCUCCAGAGAAUCAUUCUACGAUGCGCGUGUGCUCUACUGUGUAGCAGCAGCCAUGGGCCAUAAUAAGGAGUCUCAUCCAGAAUCGAACAAACGAGUGCCUGCAAUUGUCAAUGCUCUUGAGAGGUUAGAGCUCACUCCUAAGUAUCGGAGCAGAGAGGUGUAUGAACUACAAAAUAUCAAACCAGCAUUGUUAGACGAUAUUGCCCUUGUUCAUUCUAGAUCUUAUAUCCAUGGCCUUGAGAAGGCCAUGCCUAAGGCAAUGGAUGAAGGCAUCAUCUUCAUUGAUGGAUCUGGUCCUACAUAUGCUACUGAAACUACUUUUGAAGAAUCACUCAUUGCAGCUGGUGCAGGGAUUUCCUUGGUUGAUGCUGUGGUUGAAGCUUCAAUGGUCAACUACAAUCCACCUAUAGGAUUUGCCUUAAUAAGGCCUCCUGGUCAUCAUGCAGUUCCAAAAGGACCCAUGGGAUUUUGUGUCUUUGGAAAUAUUGCAGUGGCUGCACGUCAUGCUCAACGGGUGCAUGGAUUACAGCGGGUUCUUAUAAUUGAUUUUGAUGUUCACCAUGGUAAUGGUACUUGUGAUGCAUUUUAUGACGAUCCAGAUAUAUUCUUCAUUUCCACUCAUCAGGAUGGUAGCUAUCCUGGUACUGGAAAGAUGGAACAGGUUGGUCAAGGAAGUGGUGAAGGAGCAACUCUCAACUUGCCUCUACCUGGAGGGUCAGGAGAUAGUUCUAUGAGAUCAGUAUUUGAUGAAGUCAUUGUUCCUUGUGCCCAAAGAUUUAAGCCUGAUAUAAUUCUUGUUUCAGCUGGCUAUGAUGCACAUGCUUUGGACCCAUUGGCUGGAUUGCAAUUUACAACCGGAACCUACUACAUGCUAGCAUCAAAUAUAAAGCAACUUGCAAAGGAGCUGUGUCAUGGACGCUGUGUAUUCUUCCUAGAAGGUGGAUACAAUCUCGAAUCUCUGUCUAAUUCCGUCGCGGACACUUUCCGAGCGUUCCUGGGCGAACCAAGUUUGGCUUCCCAAUUUGAUGAUCCAACAAUGCUUUACGAAGAACCAUUGUUGAGAGUGCAAAAGGCAAUUCAGAAGGUCAAACACAUACAUUAUCUUUAAACAUAGUGGAAUUGCGCAUGUAGCUAUUCAAACAAUGUAAGUUCAUUGAAUAGUUGCUUUCAGUUGUAAUAUUGAGAAAUGCAACAUUUAAAACAACAAAAGCAUUUCUGAAGUUGAACAAGAUACAAUUUCACACAUGAUGAUACCAAGUCAAUUCCUUAACAAAAAUCUAACUUCAUGUUC